AUGGUCCUGACCCAUGACCCUCAGGAUGCAUUGCUCUGGGCUCUGAGGGAACUUGAGGAGAACAAUUUCAAGAUAUUAAAGUUCCAUUUACAUGGUAUGGCCCUGCCUGAGGGCCAGCCUCACCUGGCCAGAGGGGAGCUGGAGGGUCUGAGUCGGGUGGACCUGGCAGAUAAGCUGAUUUCAACUUACGGAGCACAGGAAGCUGUGAGAGUCGUGCUCAAGGUCUUGAAGGUCAUGAAUCUGUUGGAACUUGUGGACCAGCUCAGCAUCAUUUGUCUGAAUGAUUACAGAGAAACAUACCGAGCGUACGUGUGCUCCCUAGAGGAGGGGAGAGAAGGGGGAGUGGGCAGCAGCUACAUUCAGCUGCGCCUGGUGGCCAAGCCCAGCUCAGAGAGCCCAGCAUCAUCUGCCUGCACCGUCCCUGAGCAGGAGCUGGACUCUGUCGUGGUGAAAGAUCUAUUUGGUUUGGUGGAAAAGCCAGACUCAGCCCCAUCAUCAGUGGUGCUACAGGGCUUGGCUGGCACUGGAAAGACAACCCUGGCCAAGAAAAUGGUGCUGGACUGGGCCACGGGUACCCUGUACCGAGAUCGGUUUGAUUAUGUGUUUUAUGUGAGCUGCAAAGAAGUGGUCCUGCUGCCCAAGGGCAAAAUGGAGCAGCUCCUCUUCUGGUGUUGUGGGGACAGUCAAGCCCCUGUCACAGAGAUUCUGAGGCAGCCAGAGCGGCUCCUGUUCAUCCUGGAUGGCUUUGAUGAACUGCAGAGGCCCUUUGAAGAACAGUUGAGGAGGAUGAGCCCGAAUCCCAAGGAGGACCUGCUGCGCCGUCUAAUUGGGAGAAGGAUACUUCCCACGUGCUCCCUGCUCAUCACCACCCGGCCCCAGGCUUUGCAUAAUCUUAAACCCUUGCUGAAGGAAGCGUGCCAUGUCCAUACCCUAGGCUUCUCUGAGGAGGAGAGGAGGAGCUAUUUCAGGUCCUAUUUCAAGGAUGAGGAGCAGGCCAGGAAAGCCUUUGAAGUUGUAGAAGGAAAUGCCGUUCUCUACAAAGCGUGUCAGGUUCCAGGCAUUUGCUGGGUGGUCAGCUCCUGGCUGAAGAGGCAGAUGGAGAGAGGCCAGGCAGUCUCGGAGACUCCCAGAAACAGCACUGACAUCUUCAUGGCCUAUGUGUCCAUGCCGUCUGAUGACAACGAGGGCUGCUGUGAGCCCUCCCGGCACAGGGUCCUGAGGAGUCUGUGCUCCUUGGCAGCUGAGGGGAUCCAGCACCAGAGGUUCCUGUUUGAAGAAGCUGAGCUCCGGAAACACAAUUUAGAUGGCCCCAGCCUGGCUGCUUUUCUGAGCAGCAAUGAUUACCAAGAGGGACUUGACAUCAAGAAGUUCUACAGCUUCCGCCACAUCAGCUUCCAGGAAUUUUUUCAUGCCAUGUCCUACCUGGUGGCAGAGGACCAGAGCCGGCUGAGGAAAGUGUCCCGCAGAGAAGUGCAAAGGCUGCUGCAGGUAAAGGACCCAGAAGGGAACCAGGAGAUGACCCUCAGUUUGCAGUUUCUGUUGGAUAUGUCAGAAAAAGAGAGCUCCUCAAACUUGGAGCUACAUUUUGGCUUCAAAUUUCCUCCCUCUAUAAUGCAGGAUCCGAAGUCUGGCAAAGAACAGAAGAAAUCUAUGAAGGGCAAGAGGACCUGGGAUUUGGAACUCACCCAGUUUAAGUCUAAAAUGAUGAAAGUAAGAAAAGUUUUUAUGAAAAGUGACAAGGUCAAGAAAGAACAUUCAAAUGAAGGGAACUCCCGUAGCAGCAAGUCAUUUUCUGUCAAAACCAGCUUGAGUAAUAGACAGAAAGAAGAGCCAAAAUGUCCUCUUGGGGGAACACAAAAGGAGGUUUCUCGUGGAAAAGGUAGUGGGGCAGAAGAACCAAAUGAGGAAGUUGCGAGCAGUAGCAUGGGCAGCAGAGAAACAGGGACACCAGCGCUGGAGUGUCAGAUGAGUGGGGAGAUGGAGGGACAGGAGGAUGGGGAAAGCCAGACAGCAUGUAAAACAGUGGGCGAGGUCAUGGUGGAAUUGAGUCUCCUGUGUGAAGAGGUGUGUAUUCCCUGUGGAAACCUGGAGGAGUGA